AAGCGACCUCAACGCCCAGUCAACGCCCAAAGGUAACGGUCUACAGGAGGCGGGAUACUAAUCAUGGCCGACUCAGCAGCACCCAUCACCAUCCGGACGCGCAAAUUCAUCACCAACCGUCUCCUUGCUCGCCGCCAGUUCGUCGUGGAUGUCCUCCACCCGUCGCGGGCAAACGUCCCCAAGGCCGAGCUCUCUGAGCAGCUCGCCAAAGUCUACAAGACCGAAAAGACGCGCGUGAUUACGUUCGGCUUCCGGACGCAAUUCGGUGGUGGACGCAGCACGGGCUUUGCGUUGAUCUACGACGACGAGGAGUCGCAGAGGAAGUUCGAGCCCAAGUACCGAUUGAUUCGGGCUGGCCUUACCACUGCGCCACCGAAGACGAACCGCAAGCUGCGGAAGGAGCGCAAGAACCGUGCGAAGAAGCUCCGUGGCACCAAAAAGUCCAAGGCCGCCGAACCUCCCAAGAAGGGCAAGUAGGGGUUGGGCGUGCUGUAUUUUAUUUGGGCUUUCGUCAUCGCUUGCAUUGCUUAUCGACCCACGCAAAAGCUGUACAUGCCUGUACCUUACCGCGUAUGCCCACCUCAUCUUUUUCUCUCGCUAUGAAUAUCAUGCGCAUGCGGAAUCCAUGGUACACGGUCUUUUGCGAGCCUCGCAUGCACUCGGUUGAUACAAUCUUUGUUCAAAGCUCCAAUCUCUGCGUGUGAGGUAUAAAUGGGACAAUCGUAGACUGCCGC